CGCGCCGUCUCCAAAUAUUGUGUGAACGGGUUCUGUGAAUGUAAAUUGCACUGUUUCCAAGUAAAGACUUUCUGGACAAGAAGAGUUCCUUCUCUGUAAAUAAUUAUCAAUAUUUGGAUCAAGAAUUCUGUUCGAAUAUGUUCAACAACCAAGGAGGUUUUGAUGGAUAUGGUAAUGACCAUGGUGGAAUGGGUGGAGGUGGAUUUAAUUCCCCAGGAGGAUUCAACUCACCAGGAGGAUUUAACUCACCAGGAGUGGGAACGUCGCAGACUAAGGCAAAGAGAGCACAGAAGAUAAUACCUUGUAAUAUUGCACAGAUCAUGCAAGCAACGCAGAAUGAAAAUGACUUCAAAAUUGGAGAUGUCGAAAUCCAUCAGGUGUGCAUUGUAGCAGUUAUUAGGAAGGCAGAGAUGUCCGCCACAAACAUUGUAUAUGAAGUUGAUGAUAUGUCAGGACCUAUCAUGGAGAUCAGGCAGUGGAUUGAUUCAGACGAAUCGAGUAUGGAUCAGCAACCCACAGUUUAUGAAGAAAACACAUACAUCAAGGUGUCUGGUAAUGUCAGGGCAUUUGGUGGAAAACGAAGCAUCGGUCCUUUCAGAAUUGCACCCAUCACAGAUCUCAACCAAAUCACGAUGCACAUGGCGGAGGUUGUACAAGCGCAUAUGUUGCUCAGCAAAUUGGCAAACGCACAAAAUGGAAACAUCAGCGGGGGAAGCAUGAUGAACCAGAACCACUACAGAACACCGGUGAAAGGAGGGAUGAUGGGAGGGGAUAUGAUGGGAGGAGGAAUGAUGGCACCUAAUAAUGGUCUCAAUAAUGUACAAACACAGAUUCACCAGUUGAUAACGAGUUGUCAUGACGAAGAAGGGAUCAGUAUGGAUUAUCUUUCCACGCAGCUCAAAGGAAUAUCAAGAGAUUCUAUCAGGAAAGCUGUUGAAUUUCUGAGCAGCGAGGGACACAUCUAUUCCACCAUUGACGACGAUCAUUUCAAGUCAACAGAGAGCUGAACUCCUUCCUAUUCCUGACCCCACCCCACACAUUCCCCACCCCUUCCCCACCCUUUACUCACCCAUCACCUACCCCUUCUAAACCCUUUCAACCCAAAAUGGAGAUGUAACACUGGAGGGUUGAAGCCACUGUACAGUAACGUGCGUAUGACAAGCCAUCUUUCCAUCUGGAUAUCAAGAAUUAAACUUUUUUGUAUAGAGAAGUAGGAUUGAGUAUUAAAACGGCUUGCCAUACAAAGUCGGUGUAUGCUGGCUAGAACGUGCAGGGUUCUAUAACACAAAGGCUAUUAACUAAUCGUACGCUUGAUUUUUACGAUAAAUUGUACAUUGUAGUCAAUGCAAUCAAUCGUGAACAAGGUGUUCUAUGAUGAUUGCUAAUCUUUGUGUUACUGCCCCAUAACCAUUUACAAAGCUCUGCCAUCAAGAUAUAGUUUGUUCUUCCUUCGUUGACUCCCAGGUUCUGUAAUUCCUGUAGGCUUUGUACAUGGAACACUUAGUUCCAGUAGGAAAUGGGUUAACCUGACAUCUAAAUUCUGUAAUUCCUAUAGACUUUGUACAUGGAACACCCGGGGCCGUUUCGUAAAGCUGUUCGUAAGUUAAGAGCGACCGUUGAUCAAUUCUUACGCGCUAAACCUUCGCGAAAGCAUACACCAUUGACCACAAGAAAGGAUAACCAGUCGUUCUUAAAGUCGCUCUUAACUCCGAACAGCUUUAUGAAACACCCACCUGGGUCCAGUGGGAAAUGGGUUAACCUGAUGAUUUCUAAAUUCCAUAAUUCCUAUAGACUUUGUACCAGGAUCACCUGGUUCCAAUAGGCAAUGGGUUAUUCUGUUAAAUACUCAGUUCUGUAAAUGUAGUUCACUUUGGCUAUGUACUGGAACCAACUGGUUCAAGUACAGUAAUCAGUGGGUUAACCUGUUGACUAGUGAUUUCUGUAGUACUCACAGACUUUGUUAAUGGACCAUGAGGGUUCAAGUAGGUAACAGAAGAAUUGCAGCUUUUUAGAGAACUCAAGUUGAACUUUUUUCCCUCACAGAUUAUUAUAUCUGUGAUUGUGGAUAUGUGUUCCAAGUAUACAGAAUCUCUGUUUUCAGAAAAAAAACCCCUAAAAAUCUGUUCCUGUACAUGUGCACUUUAUCUAAUCUUUUUAUAGUCUUUGUUGAGAAUAUUGUUUUAAAAUAUUUGGGACUGCUGUUACAUUUUUCUUUUUUUUUUGCGAAUCUCAUGGUACAAGUAUUUCUUAUCAUUGUGAACAUUGACAGAGAUUAUUGCAGAAUGUUAUAUAAUGAUAUUCAUUAUAUAAUGUCAUGACUAUUGUGCCGUGAAUUUCAUUAUUAUUUUUUUAUUUAUUCAUAUAAUUUUUCUUAGAGGGCCAAGGUUUUUAACGGGCACCUUUCUAUGUAAUAACAAAUACAAUAAAUUGAAAAGGGCACAAAAACUAAGGCCAAUGAGAGGGGCUUUGAGAGCAGUCAAUAUAUUUUUCUAAGCAAUGGGUGGGGCUUCAUAAAGGUAUGAAAAUCCGAAUAACAUUUUGUUCUUCCAAUCAUUACUUUUUAUUUUUAUUUCUAUAUAAUGUGUGAUUUAAUCAUCCAAAAGGUAGUUUUCAUAGUUUUCAUAUGCUUUAAAGAUGUUUUUAAAGAUUUUCAUUAUUCUGUAAUUUAUGUCACCCCUUUCAUCAUAAAGAGCCCAACUAUCUAUGCUAAAUGAGUCUCCAACUUUAAUUUACCGAUACAUAUGCCUUGUUUGAGGAUUUCUUGUUGGUUACCGUCGCUGUACUGUAUUAGACUGAGACAUCACUUCGAUAUCCUCUGUGAGGGAGAAGACUACAAUUUUUUAAUCAAAAUAUGUCUUCCGAUUCAUGUAUAAAUGACCCUUUAUGCUAGUUUGUUUUGUAUCAUCCAUAUUUAAAAAAAAAAAUUCAUAUAAAUCCUCAGUAUUUCAUAAGGUUAAUUAUCCACCUGUGGAACUAAUGCUCACAAUGCGUGUGUAGCAUUUUGAUUGAAUGGAAAUUUGGCAUUGACUUGUAAAAUAGUUUUGCCUUUAUUUUACAAUUAUUGAGAACUUAGAAGUAUAAGUUGCCUUUUUCUCCAAACAAGCACACAAAUGUUUAUAACAGCUUUAGAUUUUGGAUACUCCACAAUUCAAUAUGGAAUACGUCCUUGAAAUGGACUCGACACUGACCAAUUCUUGCUUGAUUCCUGGUCAUUAGGGGUCAGUGCUUGGUCAAUAUUAUUCUCAAAAAAGGAAAGUACUCACAUGAUUUCAGCUUUACUUUGUAAAUAUAUAAAAAAAGCUUACAAACCAAUAAAGGUUCCAUUCCAAUAAUGAUAUGGUCAAUAAAGUUUGUACAUACAUGUAUAUCAAGUAAAAUAUGA